AAAGAGCUUGAGCACAGAAGAGUGGCAACUGCCAUGGAAGUGUUUCAGUAUAGAGAUAACCGUCUUUCCGUGUAUUUCCUAAUAUUUGUAAUUUAAAAUUUUAACACCUGAAUUAUAAAAAAUUGAGUGAAAUUUAAUAAUGGGAAGUGGAAGAGGUAGAAUACCCUUUUGGAAUGGUGCAAAUAGGCACCCUCAAUUUUCAAACUCGAUUUCUCCAUUUAUGCAGGAUUAUAAUUUGUCAGAGUCAGGUCAAAAUCUAUAUACAAACAGACAACCUUUCCAACAUGUCCCACAUAUUCCUGGAAAUGAAGUAACAAUGUGUUCCGAUACAGGAAACAAUGGGCAAUGGCAAAAUCAUAACCACCCGUUCCAAAAUGAUUUACGCAACCAACUAAGUAACAGUAACAACAACAACAAUUAUUAUGGGAAUAUGCAUCGAAAACGGCAUCAUUUGGAUGACGUCUAUUUUCCGAAUUACUGUGACGAUGAUGAUGAUGACGACAGUAACCAAAUGCAUCAGCAGCCAUAUCAUAAUCAAAACCAGUCAUAUGGAAAUAGCUGGUUCAGACCUAGGUAUCACCCACCCUGGCAACCAAGGCCUUACAGGCCACCACAACCACGAUUUCCUUAUAAUAAUGUUAACAAUAACAACUUUAGAAAUUAUAAUAAUGCAAUAAACACCAAAGAAGCUGUCAGACAGAGUAAUGUAAAAAAGACGCCAAUUGAAAAAGUACAAAAGCCUGAUGAAAAACCUCAGAGUAUUAAACCAGUGGAAAAUAAAGCUAAAAUUUUAGAAAAAUCAGCACAAAAAACUGAUGGUAACAAAGCUGAAAGUGAUAAUCCAGAAUUGAAAUCAGCGGAAACCAAUGCUGAAGUGCAAACAGCUGCUUCUAAGCCAAAAGAAGUAAAGCCAGUAGAAUCUGAACCUCAGAAAUCAGAGCAAAAACCUAGUGAUAAACCUAAAAUAACGACAGAAAUUUUAAAACUAAUACCAGUAGAGGCAGAAGAAAAUCAAACCACUGAAGAAAAAUGCCAUGAACCGAAAAGUAUUAACGAUAAACAAUAUGUAAAUCAAGUCGAUGACCAAAAAAAAAAUGAAAUCGUAUUGAAAGAAGUUGCUAUCGUGCUAUCCAGAGACCUCGCUGAUGCCAACAUUGUUGCUUACUCAGAAGAAACUAAAGUGGAAGAAAAGAAGGAAGAUUUAGAGGAGGAUGAAUUGAGUGACCAAGACACUCUUAUUCUUUCCGAUGAAAUGAGCGAUGCAGAAUCGCCUAUAAGGAAUGUGAGAGUGCACCGGAGAAUAUACGACUCGGACGAGGAGACUUUAUUCGGUGGUAUUGACACUGCCGAAACAUAUUUAACUGAUAUUAACUCUAAAAGAAAAUAUAACAAUAACGACGAAAGUCCUACGAAAAAAAUAAAAACCGAAGAAACGAACAUGUACGACAAAAUUAAAAUGAAACCCAGAGUCAAUAAUAACGACGAUGACCUACUAAAUCUACUGAUCGAACAUCAGACUGAACAAAUGCGACCAUCUCACAAAAUCAGAAAAAAUUGUAAACCUGAAGAGUCCAUUAAACGGAUCAUUGAAGAACUCCGGAAGGCAUUAUCGAGCAGUUCUUCAUCAUCUAUUAAGAAAGAUCAUCAAAUACACUCUUCUAGCUCAAUAUAUAAAUGUAAUAAGAGAAGAGCCAGUCAUGAUAGUCAAAAAAAUAAAAAUAAGUCGAAGGAGAAAGAUUUAAAACAUACAAAUGAUAAAAAUAAUAGCGAUAAGCCAAAAAAAGACAAAAAAAAAUUAAAAACAUCAAAAAAAUUGCAAUUAAAAAGAAGAAGCUUUGAAUUGUUUGGUUCGCCGGAUGAAGAGUUUAAAAAACUGGACGAUAGCCGGAAAAAAGCUGCCAAAGUGGCUCUUCAAAUUAAAGCUAAAUCGAAAAUAGCUUCCCAAAAUGUCGAAAACGCGGUCGAAAAACCAGACAAAGAGUUUAAAAAACUGGACGAUAGCCGGAAAAAAGCUGCUAAAGUAGCUCUUCAAAGUGAAGACAAAACAAAAAUCGGCUCGCCAAAUUGGGAAAAUGCGGUAGAGCGUUUUACAAAAACAGACGAAAGCCAAAAAAAAGCUGCUAAAGGAUCUAUUCAAAUUAAAGAUAAAACGAAACUAGCUUCGCCAAGUUGCGAAAACGCAUUGGAGCGUUUUACGAAGGAGUCCAAGCUAAAAAAAACAGACGAAAAGUUAAACAAAGUGGACGAUAGACAAAAAAAAGCUUCUAAAGAAACUCUUCAAAUUGUAGCUAAAACGAAAAUAGCUUCGCAAAAUUGCGAGAACGCGGUGGAGCACUUUACAAAGGAGCUUCAGCUCGAGAAACCGGACGAUAGCCGAAAAAAAGCUGCUCAAGUAGCUCUUCAAACUGAAGCUGACACGAAAAUAGCUUCUCAAAAUUGCGUAAACGCGGUGGGGUGGUUUACAAAGGAGUCCAAGGUAAAAAAAACAGACGAAAAGUUAAAAAAAGUGGACGAUAUCCAAAAAAAACCUUCUAAAGUAGAUCUUCAAAUUGAAGCUAAACCUAAAAUAGGUUUGCAAAAUUGCGAAAACGCGGUGGAGCAUUAUACAAAGGAGCUUCAGCUAGAAAAACCGGACGAUAUCCGAAAAAAAGCUGCUCAAACUGAAGCUGAAACGAAAAUAGCUUCUCAAAAUUGCGAAAACGCGGCGAGGCGUUUUACAAAGGAGCUCCUGGUCGAAAAAACAGACGAUGAGUUAAAAAAAGUGGACGAUAGCCGAAAAAAAGCUGCUCAAGUAGCUGUUAAAAUUAAAUCUAAAACGAAAAUAGCUUCGCAAGAUUGCGAAAACGCACCAGAGCUUCAGGUCGAUAAACCGGGCGAUAGCCGAAAAAAUGGUGCUAACGUAGAUUUUGAAUUUGAAAAUAAAGCAAAAAUAGCUUUGCAAUAUUGCGAAAACGCGGCCGACCGUGUUACAAAACAGCUCCACGUCGAAAAAUCAGUCGAUAGCGGAAAAAAAGGUGCCCAAGUAGCUUCUCAAAUCGAAGCUAAAACGAAAAUAGCUUCGCAAUAUUAUGAAAACGCGGUAGAGCUUCAGGUCGAAAAACCCGAAGACGAUAUCCAAAAUAAAGCUGCUGAAGUAGCUCUUCAAAUUAAAGCUAAAACCAAGAAAGCUUCGCAAUAUUUCGAUAUCAUGGUAGAGCGUUUUACCAAGGAUCUCCAGGUCGAGAAACCUGUUUAUGAAACGGCUUCACCACAUUUAGAGCCUGUAUGUAUGAACGGGCACGAAAUUGUACCACCUCUGGAUAUCUAUAGAACUCUCACCAAAACACAAGUGGUGAAUGUUAAUGUUAAGAAAGAUGCAAAAGUUGAGAUUGAUAUUAUUGAUCUAACAGAAGAAGAUGAUAAAAGUGCAGUAGCAAAAACUUCUUGUAAUAGAAGUGAAUCUCCUUUACCUUCAACAACCUUAGGAGAGGGAUUGACUCUAUAUAGAUCUCCAGAGACAAUAAACACUUCAUUGGAAUGCCAAGCCACAGAGGCUUCAAUAAUUCCGACAAGUUUAAUAAACACGUUACUGGAAAUUGCAGGCAAUGUAGAACCAUGCACUCAAGCAUCUGUAUCAAUUACGCCUAUAGAAAAUACAUCUGUUGAAUCAGCUAGAAUACCUCCAGUGAAAGUCGUUUCAGACCUAACAAUCACUCCAAUCCCAGACAAGCUUUCAAGUCUUGUGAACGACCUACAGUUAUUACCAAAUGAUACACAAUCCAAACCAACAACUAUGCUCCAAUCGUUGCUAGCACAAAAGACUCCAAAACAACAAAACAAACCUGUAUUAUUUUCGAACAUACCUUCCCCAUCGCGAGUCUCUUCCAUCCCUGAUGGACCUCCAUUGCUAGCCCCGAUCCCCCCAAAUGAAUUAGAAAAACCUGACGUGGAGCGCGAGAUAGCCACCACUUUCGCGCCACUAUUAAGCUUUCUGAACGGCCCCAACGUCAGCAGAGAUCUUUUGGAAAAUGUCAGCUACAACAUACACAUGGCGAGCCUUUUGCACGAAGACUGGCCGAUGGAUUUUGACUUUCAGAAGGUCGUGAGCGAAGUCCGGCUGAUUUUUGUCAACAAGUACAAGCGCAACGACUGCGUGGUGAUGGACGUGUUGGAUAAAUUUUUCAACGUGGUCAAGAGCAUGCCAGAAUCUGUCCCCCGCACCCCGUGGAUCAACAAGUUUCGGUAUUUGGUUGUUUCAUCCAAGAAUUAUGUAGUUAAGAGGACGCUUCAAUUAAUCAAUGCCUCAUCAUCCAUGACAAAUGAACAGCGGUAUACCUUACAACAUCAAAUUAAAGCUUACAAUCAUUUGGUACAGAUUACAAAUCAAGCUAAAUCCACUCAUGAUAGUAUUAAACAUUUGCAGACUUUGACCAACACAAUGACACCGCAGACUUUUAACAGAUCAAGUCUUAAUGGUCAGCAAAUCUUGAUGAGGAGCCCACAGCAACUUUAUGGUGGUCAAGUUUUGUCUGGAAAUGUGAACCAACAAGGACAAAUGUUGCAAUUAAAUGGACAACAGUUCAACAGUCCAAAUCAACAGUCUGGACAAUUAAUAAAUCAGAAUCAACUUGCUGUACAGCAAGUGUUUCAAAAUCCGGUGCAGAUGCAACAAUUAAUGCAAACAAAUCAGAAUCAACAUAGGAUACAAGUUGUGGGGAAUACAGUUCAUCAUUAUGGACUACAACAAACUCAACAAAUGUUGAUGUCAGAUCAGUCCAUUAGAAGUCCAAAUGGUGCAAAUCAGCACAUUUUAAGAAGCCCGCAUCCCAAUCAAAGUCCGAACUUUGUCCAAUCAUCCAAAUCACCAAGAGAUCAGACGAGAAGAAGAAAAAGCGCGGAAAAAACACCCAGGAGGAGAGUUAGUACAGAUAAUUGCAAUUUAAGGCAAACAGCUUUGUUGCAAAGUAUAUCUCAGCAAAAUAUGCCCCGACCAAAUAUUGCCGCUAUUAGUACCACAAAUAAUACUCCAGUGUAUAUACACAAUAGUACUCCUCAUCCAUAUAAUCGCUUGGCCGGGCCACCGGAAGCGCCACCAUUGCGCGCCACAAUUAGCCUUAGUCCUCCAUGCAAGGCCAAGAGUCCGGUGUACGCUCCAAUAAUCCGGGUACCCAAUCAGUUCGAAUCCAGCGAUGUGGAGGAUACCUCUCCGACGUGCGAUAACUUCCGAAUACGUUUACCGUACUCUAGACCGUACAACGAGAUCCAGCACAAGUCGAUGCCGUCGCUCGACGAAGGAACCGGAAGCGAUAAAGAACCGGCACCGGAAGCCGAGGUUAAGGAGGAAUUAAUGCCGAUCAAGGUUGAGGAUUUCGGUGCCGGAACCGUGUUUGAUGUCGAUAAAGACUGGUUGGACGAUCUCGUUUUUCCCGCUUUGGAUAUCAUCAAGUUGGAUGAGGAUGAAGAGGAAGAAAUCACCGGAAGAAAUGCGAAUUCAUCUCCAGCAGACAGUGGGUGUGACAGUCCUCAUCAAGGUGAAUUACUUGAUAUUCAGGAUAGGAUUUGUUUGUGCGGAGAAAGUGCACAAUUUUUAUGCACAAAUUGUAUGUUAGUAAUGUAUUGCAGCGUUAAAUGUCAGUUGAAUCACUGGUCAGUACAUCGAACAAUUUGCCAAAGUAGAGCAAAAACAGGUUAAAAAUAAAUGGAGUUUUAUUUAAUUUAUUUUUAAACUUAAAUAAAACUACACCUAAAGUGUAUUCAAAUCCAAGCUGGACUAAACAAAAACGCCGAGACGCAUGAUAACUCGUUAUUAUUGGUCGAUUCUGAUGGUGUGACUCGGAUUGUGAGUUCUUAUUGGUCGAUUCGGAGGAUUGUGUUUACAUUUAGUCCAGCUUAGAUUUGAAUAGACUUUAAGCGAAAAUUCUUAAUAUAAGACAGUAUUUUUAAUAAAUUUUUAUAUGUUGUGAAUUUUUGUUUUGCCAUCCCAAACAAAAAGUGUUUAGUUUUAGUUAAAAGACUAUUUUUGUGAUAUUUAGUUCUGGAGCACAGGGUCCAUUUUUUUUAUUUUCAGGUUAUAAUUUUUUACAAUAUAUUUUUAAAAUUCAUUAUACUCGCCCCAAAAUUUAAAAAAAAUGGACAAUACCCUUUGCUCUAAAAUCCAUACUCUGCAGAGUUAGUUGUUAAGUUCUUUGAGUACCUUUCAAUGAAAUAUGAAGUAUCAUUUUUUUAAGUAAUACCUACUUAACCUAAAAUUUGAUACUUUUUAUUAAUCUAUGCUUGUUAUGAAACAUUAAUAUUGUUGUUGUACUUAAGUAGGUACUUUAAUAAAAAUAACACUACCUAUUUUGUUGGCAUAUAGAUUAUAGUUUAUUUUUAUUCCAUGAAUAAAAUGUACCAUUAUUUUUACUUUUAUAUUAAAAAAUAGUUUAGGAUCAAAUAUACCAUUAUUAAAUCCUA